AAAAACUACAAGACACAUUUCAGAGACUGCAGUUCAUCGUGAAAUGUUACAUGAACCUGACUGAUAAAGGUAUGACUGAUCUCGCGUCUCAAGUCUCUCUGGAAGACCAUUCAGCAUUCGACUGUUUCGUCUGUUGUAUUUUAUCUCACGGGGUAGAAGGAAAGCUCUACGGUACUAAUGGUCGACUGCUCAGCAUCACAGAUCUCACGGGUCCAUUCAAAUCGCAGACAUGUUCAUCCCUGGCAGGAAAACCAAAGCUGUUUUUCAUUCAAGCUUGUCAAGGGACAGAGGAACAAUGUGGUCAAGAAAUACAGACAGACAGUCCAUACGAACUUGUCGACGUAGACGCACCACCACUAACGAAAGUAAUUCCAAAUGAAUCUGAUUUUCUGUUCGGAUACGCCACGGUGGUGGGGUUUGUGUCGUACAGAUCAAAGACGCAGGGAUCCUGGUACAUCUCCAAGCUGACAGAGAUGCUGAACAAAUAUGCUAAGAAGUAAGCUAUCAAUAUAUUAAAGCGACAGACCCUAGUUUU